CGAUGGCAUAAAAAGUGUGUGCAUGGCUUCGAUAAUGUUGAGAAAAUUCGCAGAACUAUUACAGCACUGACUGCUCCAAGACGUGUGAACCCUCGGACUCUGUGUCAGUCUCUCUGCGGAGCAUUGAAAGCACCUGUUAUCGCAGCUCACAGGGCAACGAUGUCUGAUCCUGAGGGUGGGGGCGAAUCCAGCCUGUACACCCCUCCUCCAGAAGUGCGUGGGAUGAUCUCCCUGGAUCGAGAGGCCUUCAGCCGCACGGUGACUGUCCCUGCUCUGCGUGUGCAGAAGGAGGUCCUAGGCAAGCUGGUGAAGAGCCUGAAGAAGGUAGCUCUGCACUUACCAGGUGUAAAGAGGGUUUUGGAAGAUGACGACAAACACCGGCUCCUGCUUCUAGACCCCACCAGGGUGUCCUCCCCUAGCUCCUUCGGCGAGACGGAGACACAGGCGCUGGAAAAACUGGGCGUGCCCCUGGAACUCCACUCGCAUGAGCUUCGUCUCACCUACGGGAACCUGAAAGCCGACGAGGUGCUGCGGGCUGUGCUGCCCGAGGGCCAGGACGUCACCUCGGGGUUUAGCCGUGUGGGACACGUUGCUCACCUGAACCUUCGGGAACACCAGCUGCCCUAUAAAAACCUUAUCGGCCAGGUCAUCAUGGACAAGAAUUCAGGUGUGACUUGCGUGGUAAACAAAACCAACACCAUCGACUCUACCUUCCGUACAUUCCAGAUGGAGGUGCUGGCAGGAGACGGCAAUAUGGUUGUCAAGGUUCGGGAGAAUGGGCUCCCGUACGAGUUUGACUUUUCACGGGUGUACUGGAACCCACGGCUCAGCACAGAACAUGAGCGUGUGGUAGGCCUGCUCCAGCCUGGUGACACUGUGAUGGAUGUAUUUGCUGGUGUGGGGCCCUUUGCCAUACCGGCAGCUAAGCGUGGCUGCAAUGUGCUGGCCAACGACCUCAAUCCCGAGUCUCAUCGAUGGCUCUCGCACAACUGCCGGCUCAACAAGGUGGAGCACAGGCUCCGUGUCUUCAACAUGGAUGGCCGUGCCUUUAUCCGUGGUCCCCUCCGGGAGGCUCUGCCUGCACUAAUGAAGGGCACAGCUGGAAUUCACAUAGUCAUGAACCUGCCUGCCCUUGCACUGGAAUUUUUGGAUGCCUUCCAGGGCCUUCUUGGUCAAGAACCUGACCAAAACCAAAGUGUCAGCAUCCUGCCAGAAGUACACUGCUAUGGCUUCUCCAAGGAGGGGGACCCAAGCAGGGAUAUCGUGGAAAGGGCUUCACGGAGUCUGGGUAUUUCACUGGAUGGCCAUUGCUCCAUCCACAUGGUGCGCAAUGUAGCCCCCAACAAAGAGAUGAUGUGCAUCAGCUUCUCCCUCUCCAAGGAUGUGCUUUUCUCCAAUGUGAUCGAAGAUACCCCUGAAGAACCAGCCCCAAAGAGACAGAAAUGUGAGGAGCCAGAAUGAAAACAUAUACUGGACGCUUUAAGUUGCUGAUCCGAGGCAGGUUGUUUUAUAAGGCUAUGCUGUUUUACCAUUCAUUUGUGAAAAAUAUAAAUACUUCUGCUCAUUGGGGGAUUGUUGGACUAAAUCCCAGUGGGAGAAUAUAGAAGUCAACAUGGUAAAGGAUCAGUUUUUUGGUUUUUUUUUUUUUUUUUAACAAAUGUAUUCUAACUGUUCAGGUAUAAUUUCUGACUUCAGAAGGUGAAAAUACUGAAGAUACAUUCAAGCUGUAUAGUCUUGUUAUUUAUUUAAAAAUAUUUACAUCAAAUACAAAAAGAGAAACUCUAUACUUGAUACAGGCCUACCUCUGAGCCCCGGCCAGAGUGCUAAAUACCACCUAUACAUAAACAUACGCCUCUGCCAAGGGUCCUUAUCCCCAGUUGCUGUCAGUGCUGUAGAGGGAACACGCCACUGAAAGCGUCCUGCAACGCUCUGUGGCAGGCCAGGGCUGAGCUGUAGCCCCCUGCCAUAUCCUGGGGGGAGGCAGCACGCACAUGAGUCAGGUACCUACAGGAAAAAAGAGAAACAAGACCUCAGAGAGCUGUUGUCAGACAGCAAGACUCCACAUUAUAAUGUGCUGCUCAACCAAUGAGAAAGAAUGAACAACUGAUGGCAUAAUCUGACAAAAUAACCAUAUCACCCAACUUAUGUGGGGAAGGUCCCAUUUCUCUCCACUGUAUUCAUUAUAUAGACUCUCUACUAGAAGACUGUAACUGUCAGAGCUGGUAGGAACAGGUGCAGUCACUGCUAACACAGUACCCCUGAGACAGAGGCUAAUAUUUCACCCAAACGUGCCUGAGCUUCUCACUGAGUUAGAGCCCUCCGUGGACUGGCGCCGGCCAAGCCUUGUCAAGCAGUGAAAGAGUUAGUGUUUCUAAAUUAACAAUGUCAAUAAAAUAACAAUCCGUGUCUUCGGCAGUACGUCUCUCCUCCUGUUGGCUAGAAAUAUCUGUGCUGGGGGGAUUGCCAGGAACUCAAAGCACAGGACAUUCAAUGUGGUUGUACCACAUUCUAUAAUACCAGGCAAGAGGGGUUGAAAGGUACACUAGAUGAUGAAGAUGAAGAAAGAGGGCUCCAAUCAAUGGCAGAAUAGAAAUAUGCUCCAUUCAACAUUCAC